CAAAGACGAGAAGCACCAAAACGGAAGAUAACGGUCAACAAAUUCUGUCCACUUCGGUCUUGAGAAUCUGCAGGGAAAGGACGAGCAGCUCCGUCCGGCACAAUCAAUACGCAGCUCCGCGCGAGCAGGGCGGAUUCAACGCUCCUGUGGCGUCACAAUUCAUCUUCUCAUCCAGACGCCAGCGCUGGUGAUGUUGCUGCUGCUGCAUCAGGAGCACUGGAUAUACCUCUCUGCACAGCACGGAUGAAGACUCCUUCACCAAAGGACACUUGUAAGGUUAUCUUGGGGUGACGCAACUGACCAUGCGUUGGAAAGCUCAGGUUGUCACCGCAAUCGUGAUCAUGUAAUCAUCUAGUGGGCUGCGACCUCUUAUUCACAGGUGUACAGCUUGCGUGGAUCAGUGCAUCAGUGCGUGCGCGCCAUGGAUUCGUGCUCUGCACUUCUAGCUCAGACCAAACCACACUUUUGCGGACACUGUUUGUUCCUGUCAUGAAAACGUGGAGAUCGAGCGUGACGGGUGUAGGGUCAGUUCUCAUUAAUCGGGACUAAAUAACGCAGUUUUAAUGAGUGUGCGAUUUAUGCAGUGACUUAUUGGUGGGCAGACCAUUUUAAAAUAAUUCUGCCUUUUUUAAAAGAAAUAAAUCUGUUAAAUUAAUAAAUGUAAAUAUUAUUUGGGGGGAACCACAGUCUUUCGAGGUUGGUCUCGCGCAAACGCAAAUCGCCAUUUGGCGCCACUAACAAAUUUCAAUUUCCGAGUCAUCUUAAACAGAUUUGUAAACAAAUUUGUGACAAGUAACUCUAUAAUAAAGCGAUACUUUAGUUUUUGUCAUGCAUGGAAGCAUCGAAACUAACCGCGAUGGAAAGCUGGCGAGCAGCUUGCUGUUGUUAUGGUUACGUUACCUCAUCUGGCUAAUGCGACUUUUAUUUGUUAGCUUCCGUUUAUCGACAGAAGAUAUGCGCUCUGGCUAACUUUGCUGAAACGUUUCAACCCUAUAUACAGGUCUACUUACCUUCAUAGACUCAUACUUGUGUGGUUUUUAUUUAAUCGGAUGGUUCAAGUCUUAAUUAGGGGGUUGAUUCCCUAAAAUACAACCUAUUAAUUUGCACUCAGAGGUGAUUUGUGUAUUAGUAUCUAUGAAUUGAAAUGGGGUGCACAAUUACCCCCUCUGCUGUUUACCUCCCAAUGCGCUAGACACUUGAGGAUGUGUCCCAAACGACUACUUUGUGAAUUUAAUUAAAGUCCUCUGUGAUGUAAAAACGAGCGGAUUGACUUGCAAAAUGUGUUUAUCUCUCUUGGAGAGUUUGACUACAACACCGUACUCACUUUACAUUGGUUCUAAUUUCUAAUAGCAGUAUGCAAGAUGCUGCUUUUAUACCUUGCAAAAUGGAUCACUUGUACUAGUUCUUUUUUCUAUUAACGUUAGAUGCACGUCAAUAUCUCACACACACAUACUUUUGGUUUAGACUACUUUUUAAGUCACCAGCUAACGGCAAAGUUAUGUCUUAAAUGGGCAGAUUACUUUAGUAAAGGCUGUGUUCCCCCAAAGUAAUCCCAUCUUUAGUGUACGAACAAUUUAUUUGGGCUCACAUACACAUGAUUGACAAGUUUAAUAUACAGUGCACGAAUCAUUUAAAUCUGUCAGCAAACUGAUUCGGUUCGUUUCGCGUCACCCAUGUUGGUGUCUCUUGAACAAAAACAAAACGCUAACGGCUUUAUUUUACAACAUUUAUUUGUGGCGUUGCACCAAAAUAAUAACAGUACGUUAGAUAUGUAUCGUUCAAUACAAACAGAUGUUAAGCAGCUGGUGCUAUGGUUUCCUCCUCAAGCAAAGGCGAUUUCUGUUGGCGAGUGUAGGAUGUAGAUUUAGCGCACUCCGACUAACUUGCGUGGCUACUGAAACGAUAUCUGAAAGCGUAUAACUUUAUAUGUUUGUAUGUAAAAACAAAAACUCGUAAGACUUCCGAGUUUUUAUUUGAGUUAAUUAGGGAAUCAAACCCCCAUAAUUCGCACACCCUGAAGUCAUUGAUUGCAUGUAGUGAUCGAGAUCAUGUCCAGAUCUAACAGCGUGAGCCCACCCGGCGCUGGCGCUCCCGGACUGAGGGGAGGGACGGAGCACAGAUCCGCUUGGGGCGAGUCUGAGUCCGUGGCGAACGGAUGUCCAUACUCGGCCAGAUCCUCCUGCAAAAAGCUCAUACGGUCCAACAGUCGGUGGAGAGAGGACGAUGACUUCGAGCGACAACCGGCCCGAACCACGACCACCGUCAGCCGGGUUAGUUUCAGAUCCAAGUCUGCCUGGCAAGAACACGGGGAGGAGAGCCGCAACAAUAACCGAUCUUCCCCGAGGUACCGAGAUGGAGAAGUGAGACCCAAGUCCGUGGAGCUGGGUUUGGAGGACAGAACCAAGUCCAAACCAGAGGAGGAGCUCAUGCCUGAAGUCAACUUUUCCAUGAGCGCGUGCUGCAGCGGCGUGAUGCAGAUCUUCAAAUCCAAGAAGUUCCAGUCGGAGAAGUUGGAGAGGCUUUACCAGCGCUACUUCUUCCGACUCAACCAGAGCAGCCUGACGAUGCUCAUGGCCGUCCUGGUGCUGGUGUGCGCGGUGAUGCUGUGCUUCCACUGCGCUGGAGGGGUGUAUCGGGUCACUUACGUGGUGGUUUUCUCCACCACGAUCUUGCUCAUCCUCACGCUGAUUGUCGUGUGCAACAGGAACGGCUUUCAUCAGGAUCACAUGUGGAUAGUUUGCUAUGUACUCAUUUUGGUGGUGCUGACUUUACAGGUGAUCGGUGUGAUGCUCGUGGAGCCGCGCAGCGCGUCUGAAGGCAUCUGGUGGACCGUGUUUUUCAUCCACGUCAUUUACACACUUCUGCCCGUGCGGAUGAGAGCGGCGGUCAUCACUGGAAUUAUACUGUCUGCCAUACAUGUGCUGGUCUCAUGGAAGUUAAACGAAAUGGACAUCUUUUUGUGGAAACAGCUUGUGUCCAAUGUCCUGAUCUUCUCCUGCACUAAUAUAGUUGGCGUUUGCACACACUAUCCAGCAGAAGGCUCACAGAGGCAAGCCUUCCAGGAGACCAGAGAAUGUAUUCAAGCACGUCUGCACUCUCAGAGAGAAAACCAGCAACAGGAACGCCUCCUCCUCUCUGUGCUUCCACGACAUGUCGCCAUGGAGAUGAAAGCCGACAUCAAUGCCAAACAAGAAGAUAUGAUGUUCCACAAGAUCUAUAUUCAAAAGCAUGACAAUGUGAGUAUACUCUUUGCCGACAUCGAGGGCUUCACCAGUCUGGCUUCCCAGUGCACGGCCCAGGAGUUAGUGAUGACCCUCAAUGAGCUUUUUGCACGAUUCGACAAACUGGCCGCCGAGAAUCACUGUCUGCGGAUUAAGAUCCUGGGCGACUGCUACUACUGCGUGUCCGGGCUGCCCGAGGCCCGGGCCGACCAUGCACACUGCUGCGUGGAGAUGGGUGUCGACAUGAUCGAAGCAAUCUCGUUGGUGAGGGAAGUCACCGGCGUCAAUGUUAACAUGCGUGUGGGGAUACACAGCGGGCGAGUCCACUGUGGGGUGCUGGGAUUAAGGAAGUGGCAGUUUGAUGUCUGGUCCAACGAUGUCACCUUGGCCAAUCACAUGGAAGCUGGGGGCAAAGCAGGGCGUAUUCAUAUCACCAAGGCCACCCUGAACUAUCUGAAUGGUGAUUAUGAUGUAGAACCUGGAUUUGGUGGAGAAAGAAACGUCUAUCUCAAAAAGCACAACAUUGAAACCUACCUCAUUGUGGGCUGCAGUCAGAAGCGGACAGAAGAAAAGGCAAUGAUUGCUAAGAUGAACCGGCAACGUACCAACUCGGUCACGCAUAAUAGCACUCACUGGACCGACCGGCCUUUCUACAAUCACAUGGGUGGCAAUCAGGUUUCCAAGGAGAUGAAGAGGAUGGGAUUUGAGGAUCCCAAAGACAAACAUUUCAUUUUCAGAAACACGCAAGAAAACCUGAACCCUGAGGAUGAGGUGGAUGAGUUUCUGGGCCGUGCCAUUGAUGCUCGAAGCAUCGACCGAUUACGGUCCGAACAUGUCAAGAAAUUUCUGCUGACGUUCCGAGAACCUGACCUGGAGAAGAAGUACUCCAAACAGGUAGACGCCAGGUUCGGAGCAUACGUAGCCUGCGCCUCCCUCGUCUUUUUAUUCAUCUGCUUCAUUCAGAUCGUCAUUGUGCCACACUCUGGGUUGAUGGUUGGCUUCUAUAUGUUGUGCCUCGUCCUCCUGAUGGCCGUCAUGUUUAUCUCAGCCAUUUACUCCUGUUUUGGGUUUUUCCCUGUGCCUCUGCAAACUCUGUCAAAAAGGAUUGUUCAGUCCAGACUCAACAGCACCCUGGUGGGGGUUUUUACAAUCGUCCUGGUCUUUCUCUCCGCUUUCAUUAACAUUUUCACCUGCAGUACGGAUGACCUGAAGACAUGUUUAGGACAGGAGUUUAACAUCAGCCCCAGUGAUGUGAACGUUUGCCAUGUCCGCAACUCUUCCUUCAACUACACUCUCUGGUCUCAGGACAGCCUCUGCAACAGCUCGUCACCCGCCUGCAAUUUCCCAGAGUAUUUCUCUUCAUGUGUCCUGCUCAGUUUACUGGCCUGCUCAGUGUUCCUACAGAUCAGCAGUAUUGGUAAACUCUUCCUCAUGCUCUUCAUUGAGGUCCUGUACGUGCUUAUCAUGGAGGUGCCCGAGGUCAGCCUUUUUGACAAUGUGGACCUACUGGUCAUGGCCAAUGCCAAUGCCAUCUGUGCAAUGGACACCCGGGUUCCUCUAAAGAUCAUGACUCCAGUUGUCAUCACAGUUUUUGUGCUGGCUCUCUACCUUCAUGCACAGCAGGUGGAGUCUACAGCCAGACUAGACUUUCUCUGGAAGUUACAGGCCACAGAGGAGAAGGAGGAGAUGGAAGAACUUCAGGCCUACAACCGUCGGCUUCUCCACAACAUCUUGCCCAAAGACGUGGCCGCACACUUUCUGGCGCGCGAGCGGCGGAAUGACGAGCUGUAUUAUCAGUCGUGUGAAUGUGUGGCUGUCAUGUUUGCCUCUAUCAGCAAUUUCUCUGAGUUCUACGUGGAACUGGAGGCCAAUAAUGAAGGUGUGGAGUGCUUGAGACUCCUCAACGAGAUCAUCGCCGACUUUGAUGAGAUCAUUAGCGAGGAUCAGUUUCGUCAACUAGAAAAGAUCAAAACCAUUGGCAGCACCUACAUGGCCGCGUCUGGGCUUAAUGACUCCACUUAUGAUAAAGCAGGAAGGUCACACAUUCGCGCUCUAGCCGACUACGCUAUGCGCCUCAUGGACCAGAUGAAGUACAUCAAUGAACACUCUUUCAAUAACUUCAAAAUGAAGAUCGGUCUCAAUAUAGGUCCCGUCGUGGCUGGUGUCAUAGGGGCUCGUAAACCGCAAUAUGACAUAUGGGGGAAUACUGUGAAUGUAGCCAGCCGUAUGGACAGCACUGGGGUACCUGAGAGAAUACAGGUCACAACUGACCUCUACCAGGUUCUCAGCUCAUAUAACUACACACUGGAGUGCAGAGGCGUUGUGAAAGUCAAGGGCAAAGGAGAAAUGACAACCUACUUCCUAAAUGGAGGACCCAACAGCAGUUAACACUCAACGUCUGAUAUUCAGAACACUUUCGAGAUGAUAUGAGGAUGAGACGCUUUGGGCCGGGCCUCCCAGGCUGUUAAAGGGCAUCCUCUUGGACCAAUCACAAUAGGAUUUGUUCAGAAACAGCCUUCAGCCAGUCUAAAAAAGGCCUCUUUGCACACUGAGACUUCCUAUAGGAUUAACAGAGGGCUUUGGCCCCUUUAUUUAAGGCAUGGAACAGCUCAGAAAGACGGUUCAUCCUCAGAGACCAAAGAAACAAAGGAAUCUCAAGGCAUACAAAGCAGUUCUCCCGGUCUUAUAUUUCUUAUAUUGCCAAGAGAGGACAGAUGAACUGCAUUCUCUGCACCUGGCUUUGGCGGUCUCAGGUGUGGCUGGACUGUGAUCUUAAUCCACCGAGUGGUCCUGGUGGCUCCGAAUUAACUGCAUGAACACUGAAGCAAAUAUACCUGUAAAACACAUGUUUUAUGUGUAUAUGAUUCAUCAGUGUAUGUAAAGAGUUCUGUUCAUACGGUCUUGUUGUGUUCAACACUGUCUAGGUGAUAUCACAGUAGAUAGAGAUAUCACAAUGAGCUAAUAUAUUGUAGAAGGCCAUAGUGAGCACAGCAGCUCUGCAACCCUUUAUGGUUUCCUGAACUUUGCUGCAGCGACUGUGGUUGUUACUGGUAAGGGGGAGCGAGCAUUGUCAGUGUUAGCUCUGAAUGAUCUAGAGUUGAGAAUAAAGCCCUGUUUAUGCCACCGCCGACUUGAAAAUUCAUUUUCAGUGUUGGGAUUUGCUCAGGUCCAAUUUAGACCAACCUGAUGGAGCAUGUCAAUCUGUCUUCAGUCAGAAACAGUCAGCAAUUUAUGUCUAUAAUCAUGUGCAGGGUCAGUAUUUAAAAAACGAUGCAUACAGUAUGACUGUAUGUGGACCCAAAUAGGCCAGCGUUUAUUUACAGAUAAAUGGCCGCCCACAUUGACAGAGCGCAUACUGAUACUCGUUAAUCUUUAAUAUGAAGCAUAAUGCACAGUUACAACUAAAAUACAAAAAUAAUUUUUUCUUCCAGAAUGUUCAUUUUAGCAGUGUUAACUAGUUGUCAAUAAGAAAUGAGACUGAACAAGUAACCAACCGGAACAGUGGAUGGUGUGACAUGCAAGUCGCUGGCGGCAUGAACAGGGCAUGUGACGGUCUGUUCCAAUUACAAAUUUACAUUCUCCAGAUUACAGACACUUGUAUACACUGAAGACACUUUUAAGGACAGAGGAAAAUGGUCAAAUAUGGCUGUUUUUGUAUUUUUAACAUUUUAUAUUUUGACUCCAAAAGCUAAACUGUCAAUGCUAUUUUAGAUAAUAUAUUUUAUACAUUAAUAUAUUAGAAUGCUGUCUAUAAAUACAUACAUAUAAAUAUAUAAUGGAACACUACAAUCCUGCACAUUUGAACAGGAGGGAGAGGUUUUUAAGUGUAAAUUAUCAGUCACCCUUUUCUGUUGCUGCGUCCAUUUGGAUAAAAUCAGUAGCUUGCCUUGUAACCACGUAAGCAUAAUAUGUUUGGCCUUUCUCCAAAAAGGGUUUCUGUAUCCUGUCAAGUACACUACAAUGUAAUUCUGAGUAGAAAAUAGAUUUGCAGGAGGCAAAAUGGCAAUUGAGUGUUUCAGAACAGCCACAGUCGUUUAAAGCUUGGCAAACACAACUGCAAAUACUGAUUUUAGCCUUGCGUUUAUAGUGCAUGGGACAACAAGUGGGGAUCCUCUAGGAAUGACUUCGUUGUGCCACAAAUCUUCACCAUUUUUGCACUGCAGCUCGACCAGCAUUUCCUUCUCUCCCUCAGUUCAGUCUGAUGGUACGACCCAAUGAAUGUCCAUUUUCUCCAAUGAGGCCUUGUAUGUAAUAAUUGCAGUGUGUACACAAACUGGGUACAAGUAACUUUUUUUUUUUUUUUUGCUUUACCUAUUUCAGAUACAGUCAAGCAGGAUUAUGAUAUAAUGUGUUGGAAAAAUAAAUCUGCAUUUCAUGCGUUAUGAAACUGUAAACUAUAUUCAGUCCUGGAGUCCGUUCUUCAUACCUUGCUUAAUACAUCUGAGAUUAUUUGAAAGAUUCCAGAUCUAGUAGUCAUGAUAACUGAACUCUGGUUAAUUUGGUUAUUCAUACGAAUUUCCGGAUUUGAUACAAAUAUCUGGAUUAAGUUGUCUAAGAUUAGUGAGUGUUCUCGUGUUCCCAAAAAGUGCAGAUUUAUCCAGUGUUGCCAUCUAAUUUUCAAGGGAAGUUGCUAAAGCAAGGUCGAUUUGUUGCUAAAAGUUGCUAAAUGUUGCCAAAUAAAUGUUAA